AUGGCUCCAGGGCUAGGGGACUCACAUUCAGGAAAUGUUCAUGACAUACCCACAGACCAGUUGGCGCAUCCGACUGGGAUUACUGCACGUAGGAUGUCAUUCGAUUCGAUGCCUCGGGUUCACACUUCCUCUGAAAAUUCUGGAGCUAGAAUGUCUGUUGACUCGUCUAGGAGUGCUGAUGCCACGAGAGGGAUCUUACAGAGUGGACUAGAUAGGCGUAUUUCAAUGACUCUAAUUCAGGAGACCAAUAAUGCAGUUGAUAAUGACACUGAUAAGUACCUGGUAGAUACUCCGGAUAGUGAUGAGGAUGAGGAUGAGGAUGAGGAUGACGACGAGGACGAAGAUGAAGACCAUGGUGAUGAUCCCGAACCUAGUACAGGUAUGGCUACAAGUGAAAAGGGAAAAGGCUACAACCUUAGAACCGAUCCUCCACGCAGGAGCGCUACUCGGUAUACCCCAUCCGCUUUUAACAGGGUUGCAAAGAAGUGCGAAAAGUUAUUCAAGGAUGUGAAGUCGGUCCGGUUAACCGGUCAAACCGAGCCGGUCCGGUUCACCAAUUUUUUCAGUCAAACCGUGCUGGUCCAGUCCGGUUCACCAGUUUUUCCGGUCAAACCGUAUUGGUCCGGUCUGGUUUUUACAACUAUUUAA